CCCGCAAGGAGUCUUCACAACCAGUUGCUUUCAACGAUGCAGUCGCUAAACAUCACAUUCUAUUGGUUACUAUUUUCCCUCUUUUUCGUUGGGACACAGCAAAUUCUUCUGACUUCAAAAUGUUCCUGUUACGACCGAACAACAGACUGCUCCUUUCGACAAAUGCUCGCAAUCCAGGGAAGAGACCUGUGUUCUCAAUCUUCAACGUGGAAGUUCAGAGGAAAUAACUUAAGAACGUUACCGCAAAUCAGAUUAUCGGGAAAACUUGAUUUAUCAAAAAAUGAAUUUGGCCUAAACAAGAGAUUUUGGAUUAACACAGAACCUUUGUCUGAGCUGGACGCGAGUGAUAACUAUUUCUCAGAUUUGAGUUUUGCCAAGCCCAUAUGGGAUUGUUCAUUAAAUGUUUUAAAUGUUUCCAACAAUGGGAUAUCCAAAUUAGACAAAACUCUUGAUCGUUGCCGUAAUAUCCGUGUGUUUCGAAUCGCCAACAAUAAACUAUCACAUCUCAACGACGACUCAUUUUCAAAACAAGAGCUACUGCAAUUUCUCGAUUUGGCUGGAAAUCCGUUGAAAUCCAUAUCUCCAAAAACAUUUUCUGCUCAGAAGAGUCUUCUAACACUUGAUUUGAGUAACACGCAUCUCUCUGACCUUCCUGUGGAUAUUUUUUCAGAGUUGACCCUUCUUCAACAUCUUCAUCUGUCCGGCAGCAAUUUCACAAAACUCCCGACGAGCGUGUUCAGCUCACUGAAGUCGCUGGUGACACUGUAUCUGCAAAGAAAUACCAUCAGGGAGCUACAGCCUGGAAUAUUCGACACACUCUUUCAACUGAAGGUGCUGAACCUGGACAGCAACCAGCUGCAGCACCUUCCUCCCACACUGUUCCACCGACUGCACUCGCUGGAGCAUCUGUCUGCGCGCAGCAACCACCUGCGCGCGCUACCUUCGCUGCGCCUGUGUUCGGCGCCGCUGCGCAUCGCACUUUUCUCCGACAACGCUAUCACGGCCGUCGACGAAGACGACCUGCGCGCGCUCUGGAGGCCAGGUUUCCAACUGGCAGACAUUACCAACAACCCCGUCGAGUCGUGUAGCUUCAAAUGGGCUAACAGCUCACCCGAUAUCAAUGUGUUCACGGAGGGAAGCCUUGUUAAAAUUGGCAUGGACGUUAUGGAUCGUGGAAUCGUCUGGAUUCAAAAUUAGAUAUUAACAAAUAAUAUCAAUAUUAAGUAGCAAAGGUGUUAAUGGAAUUCUGAUGAUUAACACUAAAUAUCUGUUACAUUCAAGUUCUCUUUUUCAGAGCGGUCGCAUCUAAAAAUAAUUAUUGGUAAGAGAUGUGAAAACGGCUCUCCCAUGACGUAGAUUUGCGACGUGUAUACAACUUCAAAUCUUUUUGCAAUCUGGCGGUCGAUAUUUUAGAUGGCAGACAUUACUAUUAAGUUUUUUGAUGCAGAUACACUGGUAUGGUCUGACAGUAUGCAUCAGUUCGAAGACUUAAUAGAUGCCACCAUUGUCGAAACUGCCAUGGUCGGUAAAGGCCGUGAUAUCCUCUGUGUUUAAAAUUAGCUAGUAAAAAACGUUAUUAAAUUUUAACAAAGAUAUUCUACUUUGAAGAUUGAUUGAUUUAACAUAUGGGUCAAUUGCAUUCAUCAUAACUUAAACCAAAGAAUGUACAUUGAACGAAAUACAUUCAUUUAAUUUUCAAGAUAAAAACUUAAUUCCUAGCAAACAUAAACUUGCAUUUUGUGAGUUUUGUAGUAUAUAGUAUAAAAAAGGUUAUAAAUACUCCAUUUAUCUGAAAGCAAUGUUUAUAAAUCUAAGAAUAAUAUAUUAUUAGAUGAAUUUUACCAACUUCCAUUUAUAUACAUUAUUUUCCCCUAACCUUUAAAUAUAUUUUCUAGA